AUGGGUUCCCUGGUAGCCAAGCUCCUUCUGCCUACCAUCAGCACCUUGGUCUUCCUCCCUGUCAUCAGCAUCGCGGCCAAGCGGCGCUUCCACAUGGAAGCCAUGGUCUACUUCUUCACCAUGUUCUUCACGGUGUUCUACCACGUGUGUGAUGGUCCUGGCUUGUCGGUGCUGUGCUUCAUGCGCUACGACAUCCUCGAGUACUUCAGCAUCUAUGGAACAGCUCUGUCCAUCUGGGUGUCCCUGAUGGCCCUGGCAGAGUUUGAUGAACCCAAGAGGUCAACCUUCAUCAUGUUUGGUGUCCUCACCAUCGCCGUGAGGAUCUACCACGACCGCUGGGGCUACGGCGUCUACUCGGGACCCAUCGGCACGGCCGUGCUGGUGAUCACUGUCAAAUGGCUGCAAAAGAUGAAAGAGAAGAAAGGGCUCUACCCAGACAAGAGUGUCUACACCCAACAGAUUGGUCCUGGCUUCUGUUUUGGGGCACUAGCACUGAUGUUGAGGUUCUUCUUUGAGGACUGGGACUACACCUACGUGCACAGCUUCUACCACUGUGCCUUGGCCAUGGCCUUGGUGCUGCUGCUGCCCAAGGAGAACAAGAAGGCUGGCAGCAGUGGCACCCCUGCCAAGCUGGACUGCUCCACGCUCUGCUGCUGCGUCUGAGCCACCCGCCGGGCGAAGGAGGGCACUCCACUUGCUGCUCCUAGGGUGAUGCAACCCCCAGCAGGUCGUGUUUAACACUGGGAGAUCAGCAUCUGCCCCCACCAGCUCUGUGCACACACCCAGCUUUUCCUCCCCUGGCAACUGGUCACUCUUUGCACCGCCAGCCCGAGCAGAGGCUGCACUUCCAGUCUGCUCCGUGCCCAUUCCUCUGCCUGCAGAUGCACUCAGCUGGGCUGCAGCCCUCUGAAGACCUUCAUGUUCUCAGGGCAUGUCACCAUCCAGGCCAUGUCACCAGCACCAGACCAGGAGGACCCAAGGUUUUCUCCUGCUCAGAUGGCUUCCAGUUUGUGCCCACUGCCCCCUGUCCCUGGGCACCACUGAGCAGAGUCUGGCCCCAGCCUCUUGCCCCCCACCCU